AUGGCGGUUUGUCCAUUGGCUUUGCCCAAAAGAAACAUGGAAGAACUGGAAGAACUGGAAGAACUCAAACUCCACGGGUCCAGCAAGCUGCAGAACAAUGUGCAAGCCGAACUCUCCAAUCUGGAAGCCAAGGUGCUCCGCGAAUGUGACACCACCCGCGACUUCUGCCACGAGCAAAAGCAGCAGGUGGGUGAAAUUCACGACCAGCUUCGGCAUGAGCUGAAAGAGGCCGUGUCCAAUGCGCGUGCUGUGGCGGAAGAGUUGGCUCAAGAAAUGCUGCGCCUGAAGCAGAAUGAGGAACCCAAACUGGCAGAGCAAAUGGAGGAACUGAAGGAAAAGUUGGUGACCGACCUGGUGGCCUGCGAGGCCCGGCUUCGUACGGAGGAGGCUUCGACACGACAGUUCACGUCUGACCAAGCAGCUCAGCUUCGGGUCGCAGUGGAAGAUCUCCAGGUGGCAGUGGAGAAGUUGCAGAAUGGGUCAGAAGCAACGCCCAAGGUGGUGCCGGAACUCAGCGUGGAGGAAGUGAAGCAGUUUGAGACGGUGCGGAUGACCAAAGUACUGAGCGAGGGAAAAGUGGAUUUUGGAAGUCUGGAUGGUGAGAGGUUGGGGUCGCUGCAGGCGCAAAGAAGCCAAGGAAGACAGCAGCGACAGGAAUUGCUCCAGAGGCUCUCAGAUGCCGAGAGCCGGUUGCAGCAACAGCACGGCUUGGUGCAAAGACAAAAGGAACACCUUGAGCACCUGCAGAAAAAGUCCUGA